CUCACACACAAUCUGCUCUCUCCUCCGACUCCCACCAGCUCAGCAGACCCUGCAGCUCCUGUGAUUCUCCGAUUUUUGCUUUGAUUCACCUCAGACACCUUGGAACUGUACAGGACUUAAUCUUUUUUUCUAAAAAGAAAGGAUUUUUUUCCCCACUGCAGCAUGGAGAGCACCACUGGGGAAUAUGUUGAUAACUAUGACUAUUAUGAUGACAAUGAGACUGCCUGUGACUUCUCGGAGUGGGAGCCCUCAUACUCCCUCAUCCCGGUCCUCUACAUGCUCAUCUUCAUCCUGGGCCUGUCAGGUAACGGUGUGGUCAUCUUCACUGUCUGGAGAUCCAAAUCUAAGCGUCGGGCUGCAGAUGUCUACAUAGGAAACCUGGCCCUUGCUGACCUCACCUUUGUUAUAACCCUGCCUCUCUGGGCCGUGUACACGGCCCUGGGCUACCACUGGCCCUUUGGUGUGGCUCUGUGCAAGAUCAGCAGCUAUGUUGUUCUGGUUAACAUGUACGCAAGCGUUUUCUGCCUCACCUGCCUCAGCUUUGACCGCUACCUAGCCAUCGUGCACUCUCUGUCCAGCAGCAGGCUGCGCUCUCGGGGCACCAUGCUGGCGUCCUUGGGUGCAAUUUGGUUCCUGUCCGGCCUGCUGGCUGUGCCCACGCUGCUCUUCCGCACCACGGUGAACGACCAGAACAGCAACAGGACAACAUGCGCCAUGGACUUCAGCCUGGUGACCAUGAACCAGAGGCAUGAGUACCUCUGGAUUGCUGGGCUCAGCCUCUCCUCCUCUGCCUUGGGUUUCCUCCUACCUUUCUUGGCCAUGACCAUCUUCUACUGCUUCAUUGGCUGCACCGUCACACGCCACUUCAACAACCUGCGCAAGGAGGACCAGAAGAAGAAACGGCUGCUGAAGAUCAUCACCACACUGGUGGUGGUAUUUGCAAUCUGCUGGACUCCCUUUCACGUCCUAAAGAGCAUGGACGCCCUCUCUUACCUGAAUCUGGCCCCAAGCUCCUGCGGGUUCCUCCGCUUCCUACUGCUGGCUCACCCUUAUGCAACCUGCCUGGCCUACGUCAACAGCUGCCUCAACCCGUUCUUGUACGCCUUCUUUGACCUGCGUUUUCGUUCCCAAUGCCUGUGCCUGCUCAACCUGAAGAAGGCUAUGCAUGGUCAGAUGAGCUCCAUGUCGUCCACGCUGAGCGCCCAGACUCAGAAGUCAGAGAUUCAGUCUCUGGCCACCAAGGUGUAGAGUGUAAAAGGAAAGGUGGAGCGAGGCUGCGGGCCGGUCUCAGCUCCAACCACUGGAACACUUGUAAAAAAAGACUUUACGUGUCCAUUUUUCAAAGCUGAGAUGAUGAACUUCCACUGCUCACAGUCAUGAAAUCCAUAAUAUGUUCCUGCUACUCUACAGCGAGAGAUGUGGAUGCUCUGCGUGGACUUGAAGCAGGAGCCGGCUGGCUGAGCUCCUCCGCUGCUUUGUUCCUCAAAUUCUCAGAGAAGAAAAGUUUAAUUUUGUCUUUGCAAAAGUUCUAAUUUCUACCUAGAAAGAGGGCAAAAUUAUUUUAGACACACACACUGAUGUUGGUAAUUGUAAAUGAAUUUACAUGGAAAUCUGUUUACACUGGAUGAAACAUAAAGCUGUACAGUAUUUUCAUACCAUAGCAUUUUUUUUUCUUGUUCGGAGAUAUUGCUGUUUUGUUUUAGAAGCACUUGUUGAAAAGAUGUGCGAGCAGGGAAAUCAAACAGAGCAGCGUGUCCUCUUUGUUGUUUGUGAAGGUAGAAGUCUGCAGGAGGGAGGGAGGUGGGUGUAAGAGGAGAAAAGGUGUUGUGGCUUAAUUAUAUAGUUUGUGGAGAGGAGACAGGGGGCAGACAAGCAGAUGGCAGUUGACAAAUGUUGUUGGGGAACGGGGUGGGGUGGGGUGAAGGCGUUUCACAGUGUAGUCACAGCACUAAAGGGGGACAAAGGAACUCUGUAAAUAAAUGUUCCAAUCUGAUGUACAUGUUUUAUUUUUUUGACAUCACUGUAACUAACUACUGUAUUAAAGAUGUGUUCUAUGAA